UGAUUGCUGCCAAAGACAUGAAGACAAUUUGCUAAAUUCCCAUUCGUGAAUUAUAAAUUUAUAAGAAUAUUUUAACCGUAUAAUGUUGUCGUGGAAGUCAUUACAUAGGGUGUCAGAAGUAACUGACUUGUCUGAAAACUAGGAAAAAGGUAGCACUCGGCAAAUGUUUAUACUCUCUUAGCAGCGCGUGAGCGUGAGGCUUUCAUAUUGCUGCCCAAAUUUGUCCUCUGUUGUUGGACCUGUGCUGUUCAAACUGCUGACCCGAAUUUCUUUCCUCUUUUUGUACCGGUCGUCCCAAUUCAAAGCCUUAAAUCCAGCAAAAGUGUGGGAAGUGUGAAUCGAUAUGAUCUUUCCAUGUGAGGACUGCUUUCCAUGUGAGAGACUGCUUAAUUUCAUCAGAUUUUAUACAAUGUUUUGUUAUAUAUAAUCCAUUAGUUGCUAUCAUCUCAUGAUAUACAAUACAACAGCCCGCAGAUCUCCUUCAAGCUUUCUUAGAUGGAAAGCAAGAAGGUCUCCACUCUGAGAUCAGAGGACCACCAUGAUGUUGAGAUGGCAAUGGUCUCUGGAGGAAAUGUUGCCAAUUUAUUGGCACCACAGCUACCUUGUGAUUCUGUCUGCGCCUUCUUGAAACAAGAAAAUAAUACAUCGGAGUUGAAAGAACGAUCUAAAUCAGCAACAAAACUCUGUGCACUCAUAAUUUUCUACCUAAUAGCUAUGGUGGUAGAGAUUGUUGGUGGGGUUAAAGCCAACAGUCUUGCAGUUAUGACAGAUGCCGCCCACUUGGCGAUGGAUGUUGCUGGAUUCUCCAUCUCUCUUUUCUCAGUCUGGGCUUCAGGUUGGGAGGCAACGUCACAUUACUCUUUUGGUUUCCAUCGUCUUGAAGUUUUGGGAGCCCUUAUAUCAAUGCAACUUAUAUGGUUAGUAUCUGCUUACUUAAUUUACGAAGCAGUUUACAGAAUGGUUCAUAAAUGUGCAGAGGUGAAUGGGACACUCAUGUUUGGAGUUGCGGCAUUUGGAUUUAUCAUCAAUUUAAUUGUGAUCAUUUGUCUUGGUCAUGAUCAUGCUCAUGCUCAUCAUGCUUGUGGUGACAAAGAUCAUGAUCAUCAUAAUCAGGUUGAGGUAGAGAAAUUAGGUUUAGUAGCUGAAGGUGAUGGAAAUUACCCGGUCCCGAGUUCUCCAGCAAAGACAAAAAUAUUAAACAUAAAUCUCCAAGGGGCAUAUCUGCAUGUCAUGGCUGAUCUAAUUCAAUCAGUUGGGGUGAUGAUUGCCGGAGGGGUUAUGUGGAUAAGACCAGAUUGGUGUGUUGUGGAUCUUAUAUGCACUUUUGUUUUCUCUGCUUUUUCUGCUGCUACUACACUGCCGAUGAUUAGAGAUGUAUUUGGCAUACUGAUGGAGAGGACACCAAGUGAAAUCAAUGUUGGUAAGCUAGAAAGUGAUCUAAAAUGUAUUUAUGGAGUUCAAACUGUUUACGACCUGCAUGUUUGGGCUAUUACAACUGGGAAACUUGCAUUGUGUUGCCAUUUGAUAGCUGAGCCUGGAGUCAAGUCUAGUGAAAUACUUGAUAAGGUUAGGGAUUAUUGUAAGAAAACAUAUAGAAUUCAUCAUGUAACUGUACAAAUUGAAUAGUAGUCAAUAGAUUCCUCAAUAUAUCUUGUAUUCAU